AUGAUGCCGCCCCCACCGCCUCCUCCGCUGCCGGCAGAUCCAGUUCAUAUCGAAGCCAAUAUCCAACAAACGGCUCAAAGACAGGAAAUCAAUGUAGCCAUGAUCGUACUAAAUGUCGUGAAUACUGUGACACACGUCCUGAUAGGCGCGGUGGCGCUCAGCGCAUUCAUAUUCGCCAAUGUCUUCCACGGCACGAACAAUCUAAAGCAGCACAUUUAUUUGUGCGUUACAGGGUACGUGAUCUUAAUGUCUCAAGCGAUAUUGACCUUCAGUCCGAACAAUGGUUGGACUAAUUCUUUAAAGUAUCCGAAUAAGAAAAUGGUGCACUGGGUGAUGCAAGUUUCUGGGUCUAUACUUGCAAUUGCUGGCAGUAUCAUAAGAUUUACCAACUUGAAUGAACAUAUGCAGACUGCUCACGGUAUUCUAGGUCUCGUCGCCUUAAUAUUGACUGUGAUAAGUCUCAUUGGAGGAGUAGUGAACUUGAUAUUCCCUAAACAAACGUCCGCAUUAAUAUUGAGAAGUCUUCACGCUUGUUUUGGCUUGUUGACCGUGUCAGUAGCUUUCAUUUGUUUAUGUCUCGGUUUUGAUACGAUCUACAGGAUAGUUAUGGGUGACGUGAAUGCAAAUCUGUCUAUCGCAUUUACAGUAAUGGCGUUGAUCGGUGUUCUAUCGUCUGCGGUAUCAAAUUUAACUAGGAGGUAUAUGAAACGUUAG